AUGGAGUCGUCGUUGUCCAGGAGGCCUCCCAUGAUCAUGCUGACUUGUCGCUUCGGCGGUGGGGGCAGGUCGUCAUGGUCGUCACGAUUCCUCUUUUCAGGCGGAGCUUCCGGUUUUCCCGGUAUCUUUCUUCGAGCGGGAUUGUCGUCCGCGCUUCUCCUUACUGUCCAGAUUUGGUGGUCUCGGCGGGAAGCUUUUUCCUUGGGAUCUAUCGCCGUCCAUCGGCGGGAUUUCUCCUCGAUGGUACAUGCGGAUAAGGUUGCUGAUGAGGUUUGCAGUUUUCAGUGGCGUGGCCAGUUCUCCGUGGAAUUUGCAGAAAGCUUUGGUGUCGUUAUCAUCUCCGAGCGGAGUGGCGUCCUGUGGCAUCGAGAUCGCUGUUGCGUGCUCUUGCUCGGACUCGUCGUCGGCUGCCGCAAACGCUGCGAGGAGUGA